UACUUUUAUUCUAUUUGAGAACACUCAAUUGUAAACAACGGCAGGCAAACCAAAAUAUACGAAUACAAAAUGUGUAGUUUAUCUAGUUGCUUGUGUUGCCCCCUAAUUUUCUGGCCGGCUGUCAUUGGUGCGGCUAUGUAUUUGUUGAGAAAAUACAUGCAGGGCGGACAGUUCACUAAGCAGACCAAUGAAACCGGAAAGGUGUUCAUUGUCACGGGAGCCAACACAGGAAUCGGCAAGGAGACAGUCCUGGAAAUAGCGAAGCGCGGCGGAACCGUCUACAUGGCCUGCAGGGAUAUGAACCGGUGUAAUAGAGCGCGCGAUGAGAUCAUCAAGGAAACUAACAACCAGAAUAUAUUCUCCCGCGAAUUGGAUUUGAGUUCCUUUGAUUCCAUUCGGAAAUUCGCUGCUGGAUUCAAGCGCGAGCAGGAUAAGCUCCAUGUCCUCAUUAACAACGCUGGCGUAAUGCACUGUCCGAAAUCUCUGACCAAGGAUGGCAUCGAAACGCAGCUUGGUGUUAAUCACGUGGGUCACUUCCUGCUCACCCAUUUGCUGCUGGACGUGUUGAAGAAAACUGCUCCGAGUCGCAUCGUCAAUGUUUCCAGCUUGGCCCACACACAGGGAUCCAUUAAUGUUAGUGACCUGAACAGCGAGAAGUCCUACAGUAGAAUCGGGGCUUAUAGCCAGAGCAAAUUGGCCAACAUUCUGUUUACCCGGGAGUUGGCCAAGCGAUUGGAGGGCACCGGGGUCACGGUCAACUCCCUGCAUCCCGGCGCAGUGGACACUGAGCUCCUGAGAAAUUGGGGCUUCUUGCAGAAUGACAUCGCACAGCUAUUGAUCAAACCGCUCCUUUGGACGCUUUUCAAGACGGCUAAGUCUGGAGCACAGACUUCCUUGUAUGCCGCCCUGGAUCCUGAUUUGAAGAAGGUCUCUGGUCUCUACUUCAGCGACUGUCAGGCCAAGGACGUGUCUCCAGCUGCCAAGGAUGACAAAACGGCCAAGUUCUUGUGGGCUGAAAGCGAGAAAUGGACUGGUGUGGGCACAUCUAAGGUGGAUUAAUUAAGCAUUGCUUUGUAUUUAACGCCAUUUCAUUAUUUAUUUUUCCAAUCAUUUUUACAAUAAAAUUAAA